GGAGUGGCUGGGCCUGGGAGACUCCAUGCGGGGGCCAUGGACAGAGCAGCGCUCCUGGGACUGUCCCGCCUGUGCGCGCUGUGGGCAGCCCUGCUCACGCUGUUCCCCUGCGGAGCCCAAGGAAACUGGAUGUGGUUGGGCAUCGCCUCCUUUGGGGUUCCGGAGAAGCUGGGCUGCGCCAGCUUGCCGCUGAACAGCCGCCAGAAGGAGCUGUGCAAGAGGAAACCGUACCUGCUGCCGAGCAUCUGCGAGGGCGCCCGUCUGGGCAUUCAGGAGUGCAGGAGCCAGUUCAGAUACGAGAGAUGGAACUGCCUGGCGGCCGCCGCCGCCCCGCCUGACACCAGCCCUCUCUUUGGCUACGAGCUGAGCAGCGGCACCAAGGAAACAGCAUUUAUUUAUGCUGUGAUGGCUGCAGGCCUGGUGCAUUCUGUGACCAGGUCAUGCAGUGCAGGCAACAUGACCGAGUGUUCCUGUGACACCACCUUGCAGAACGGCGGCUCAGCAAGUGAAGGCUGGCACUGGGGGGGCUGCUCUGAUGAUGUCCAGUAUGGCAUGUGGUUCAGCAGAAAGUUCCUAGAUUUCCCCAUCAGAAACACCACGGGAAAAGAAAGCAAAGUACUGUUAGCAAUGAACCUUCAUAACAAUGAAGCUGGAAGGCAGGCUGUCGCCAAGUUGAUGUCAUUAGACUGCCGGUGUCACGGAGUUUCCGGCUCCUGUGCUGUGAAAACAUGCUGGAAAACCAUGUCUUCUUUUGAAAAGAUUGGCCGUCUGUUGAAGGAUAAAUAUGAAAACAGUGUCCAAAUCUCAGACAAAAUAAAGAGGAAAAUGCACAGGAGAGAGAAAGAUCAGAGGAAAAUACCGAUCCACAAGGAUGAUCUGCUCUACAUUAAUAAGUCUCCCAAUUACUGUGUAGAGGAUAAGAAACUCGGGAUCCCAGGGACCCAAGGCAGAGAGUGCAACCGCACGUCAGAGGGCGCAGACGGCUGCAACCUCCUCUGCUGCGGCAGGGGCUACAACACCCACGUGGUCAGGCACGUGGAGCGAUGCGAGUGCAAGUUUAUCUGGUGCUGCUACGUCCGCUGCAGGAGGUGUGAAAGCAUGACUGAUGUCCACACUUGCAAGUAACCACUCUAGCCUUGGGCAAGAGUCCCCAGUGACAGACGUACAACGGGAGUGGCUCCCACUGUGCUGGGCUGGGGAGCCUGACACCUGCCUCCUCAGAAUUCCCAGAUCCUCAAGGCUCUCUCAGAAGUCCCUUUACCUGAUCGAUGUCAAUGUCACACACUAGGCAUGUAGAUUUCUUGGGAUUCUAAAACUGAAAAAGUUUGAGUUCAUAUGUUGGUGGUUUAGGGAACAGAUAUUGAGGGCAAGGAAGAUAAACUGUCUCGUAAGCAAGAAAGAACAGGAAAGAGCCUUCAUGCCGAGAGAACUGGUCCAUACUCAGGAUAAGAUCCUUGACUAUGGAACUUGGUUAUGGAACUCAAUAGUGGUGGGUGAAUAUUAGUCAUUUAAAAAAGACAUCUAUUAGAGCAGCAAGGAGCAGUAAAUAUGAAUCUCAUUCUCUGAGUAUUUUUUAUGAAGAAAUCAUACUAAGUGUUGGUGCAUAGAAACAGAAGGUGUUGGGACAGGUUAACAGAAGUGGUGGGUGCCUACUUAACACUUUCAUUCAUUUCAGAAGAAAGAAUCUUCAUAAGUGAUAUAACACCCCCUAAAACAUGUUUGUUAGCGAUAUUUCGUGACAAAACAAAAGAAGCAAGAUGUAAGAAGCAAAAUGUAAAAAGCAAAAUGUAUGAUUUGGAGUUUAAGUGACUUUUAACCAGGAGAAUUGAUCUAGAAGAGUAUCAGUGAGGUAUAUAGCAACCUUUAUCUUUGGCUUCACACUUUCAUUAUAGACCAGCUUCCACUAUUAAAAACUCAGCUCUGAAAUACUGGAGGAAGGGAUCCUGAAAGCAUGUGGGAAAAUCAGAGGUAGAAAUAUAAAGGGCUCUCGUACAUUGUAAGGAAAAGCAUCCUUUAAAUGUGUAAAGACAGUAUUUUGUACAGUAUUUUGUUAAAUUUUUUAUAUUUUGUAAAUAAUGUUUUUAAGUUAUAUGAUAUAUAUUGAAACUUAAGAUAUUUUUUGCCAAAGCCCAAGAGCUAAGGCAAUAAAAUUAUCUCAGAAAUAAUAUUAGCUUCUGUUUCCUUUCAUACUAUUAACUUUGACAUUUUUUCAUACAUUGAAAAAGAAGUUCAUUGAGCAGUUAGUUACAUGGAUGUGUAUUUCCUGCCGAAAUGGCAGCUUUAUAUGUUGUAAAUUAAAAUAUGCGGCAAUAUAUUGACAAUUGUGCUAUUUCAGCAGUCAGAUUAGUUGAAUUCUGUUCUCAAUUAGUUAUGUUUAACUUGUAAGGUUAUUAUAAUAAAUUAUACAGUAAAAGUCUUAACUGGAAAAAAAGAAUCUAAAUCAGAAUAAUGAUCAAUUUGUGGAUUUGAUAUCCUGGAUAUUUAUUAUGUUGUGUGAAAUGCUGCACUUCCAUGUGAAUUUUGAGUGGUCUUGUUUUAGUAUUCAUGCAUGUAUAUUCAUGAUAUUUUACAAGGUUCCUGGUGAAAAUUACAGGGCUGUAUUUAAGGUGGUAUUUUAAUGUAAAUGCUACGUUUUUUAUGAAUUGUUAAAUAUUUCAGUAUCAUAUAGAAAAAAUAGAUUUUCUAAGUUCAGAAUGGACAAAGAAAGAAUAUUCUUUUUCUCAAAAUAAGCUAAAGAAAUGUUUCCCUGACCA